AUGGAUACACCAAGCACAAACCAGAGCGAGCCAGUGACGGAGAGAGAGGGCGAGGGAGUAGCCGUGGUAGGUGAAAGCAGCUCAGGCACACAGGUCGAGAAGGCGAGACAAUCACCCGAAAAGGUCAAAAAGACAAAGUCGAAAAAGAUGAAGGACGCCACGAAGAAGUGCGGCAAGUCGAAAUCAAAGAAGGCCAAAGAGGUUGUGGAGAGUGACAGCGACGAUUCGGACUCAUCGAGCGAUUCAGAAAGCGAAAGUGAAUCAUCGGCCAGCGAUACAGAAGAAGACUCAGAAACAGAGACAGAAAAGGCGAAGAAGAAGAAGCGGAAGGCUAAGAAGAAAGCUAAGCAAAAGAAAGAAAAGGCAAAGGACAAGCGGAAGGCAAAAUCGAAGAAGAAGGCAAAGAAAGAGGACUCGUCCGACUCCGAUUCGGAUUCAUCCUCGGAUUCCGACUCGGAUACUGAGACUACGACGGAGGACGAUGAUGAGGUUCCAGCAGAGACCACCCAGGAUCAGCAGCUGUUACUGCAACAGAUGCUUCAGCAACAGCAGCUUCAGCAGCUACAACAGGCUCGUCUCCCAACAUAUCUUCCUCCUCCAACCCAUCAACUUGGUAGUGGCGCUGCCGGGAGAGCGGCCCAGCUUCAGAGAGCGAGAGCGACAAACGCACUACUCGGUCUCGAUUCUAAAGCUCUAAAGAAAGCGAAGAAGGAGAAGAAGGUCAAGAAGAAGCGGGCAAGCAAGCUAGAGUUCAAGAGAGUCGAUCAGUUGUGGGAUAGCACCAUCCACAAUUACAAGCUCACCGAUACGGCAGAAGAUGAGGAGAGCUCCGAGUAUGACCAGUACCUGUUCAACGUCCGUAGAACAUUUGACUGGGAAGGAAAAUACAAGGCUACCGUGGUUGACAUCAAGAGCAAACUUCUCAAGGAAGCCCUGAACGAGGUCAUGGAUGGUGUCAAGGGCGUCAGUCUAGUUGAAGAAACCCCCAAAGUUGACCCAAACCUCUUGUUCCUCUACCUUGAAGAUCUGCGGCAAUCUUAUAAAGAGCUCAAGAAUGCCAAGGUCACAGUCAAGAAGGGAAAGAAGAAGCAGAAGAAGCGUAACGAGACGAAGCGUGCACAUCUCAAGGUUCUCUUAAAGUAUUUGGAUAAAGACUACGCCUCCACCAAAAAGACUUUGUAUCCUAUGCUCGAGUCUGGUCUGAUCACAUUUGACUUACUCUGGGCACUAUACAAACCCAACACUCUAGCUUUCACCACGACAUAUGGAGCGGUUGACGAACCUCGUGCAUUCAAGAUUGAGCUCGCCGAGAAAGAGUGUAGUUUCAUGAAGGGCGAGUGGUACAGUAUCGAGGGACGUUAUCUUGAGUAUGAUGGCAAAACAUGGGGCAUGGGAACCAUGGACGUUGAUGUCGGAUCAUUCAAAGGCGCCCGAAAGAUUACGAGUUUGAGCUGUUAUCCAUUAAAGUACCACAAGAAUGAGGCAAAGGUUCGAGCCGAAUUGAUCGAACGUGGUAAGAAAUUCGUCGCAUUACAAGGUGUCAACUAUAGAAGCCACGAAGGUCUUGCAUUCUACAAGAAGAAGAAGCAGGUCGUCAAGGUGAACAUCAAUGGUAGAAUUAUGGUCGACCCAGCAAUCCACCGUCGCAUCUUACCAAAUUAUAACGUCAGCACUGUCAAACCAAAGGAUCCUGAUCUAUUGGAGUCGGAUUCGGAGUACGAUUCGGAUGGUUGCGGAUGUGGAGAUGACUCUGACUCCGACGGCCACGCAGGCCACUUUGAGCAGCGCGAAGAUGGUGGCGAUGAUGAACCCAGAACGAAGAUGAAGGUGGUUCUCGAUGAAAAGGACAAGCCACGAAUUAUCGAAGUUCCAGUGGAUGCAGAUGGUCAAGAGAUUGUGGUUGAGAAGCUAGAGGAAGUUCCAAGCAAAGCUGCCAAGGACAAAGAGGGAGAAACCACCGCAGUUGAAGAGGACAAGAAGACACUUCCAGUCUUUAAAGACGAAGAGUAUCUGAUAGCCUCUCCAGUCGUUCUUGGUUUCGCCUUCGCAGAAAAGCUUUGGCUUGAGUUUACUGUGUCUGGUGUCAAGGAUAUUGUUUGGAACGAGGGUGCCUACGAGUCUUUGGUAUUGGAGGACAACACUAAAGAUAUCGUUAAGGCUCUAGUUGAGUCACACAAGUAUCACCCAGCCGAAAGCAUCGACGACGUCAUUCAAGGAAAGGGUAAGGGCUUAGUGGCGGUUCUCCAUGGUCCUCCUGGAACUGGGAAGACGCUUACUGCUGAGGGCAUUUCUGAGCUUCUCAAAUGUCCGCUGUAUAUGGUCUCAGCAGGUGAACUUGGUACUGAUCCUAGAACACUUGAGGGAGAACUGCAGAAGAUCCUCGACAUUGCACAUGCCUGGGGAGCAGUUCUUCUUCUUGAUGAAGCUGAUGUCUUCCUUGAGAAGCGAACCAUCCAAGACAUUCAUCGAAACGCCCUGGUAUCGAUCUUCCUUCGUCUUCUGGAGUACUUCCAAGGUAUCUUGUUCCUGACAACCAACCGUGUUGAGACAUUCGAUGACGCCUUCCAAUCCCGUAUCCACAUUGCACUGAGAUAUGGCGAGUUGAGUUCGAAGGCCAAGAAGAGCGUCUUCAAGAUGUUCAUUGAGCGUGUCCGAGUGUUGGAGGGUGUUGAGACCAUGCCUUUCACUGAGGAAGAUUACACCAAUCUCAGCAAGCAUAAUUUGAACGGUCGACAGAUCAAAAACACAAUCCGCACCGCUCAAGCUCUCGCAGUCAACAAGGGCGAACCACUAAGCAUGACCCACAUCAAGCGCGUCCUCGAUGUCUCGAACGCAUUUGACCGCGACCUCAAGGGCGGCACCGGGUACGAAGAUGCCAUGCGCGGCUACUUCUAA